CCUCGGCGCGGCUGCGGAGCGCGGCGGGUCCCGCCCGGCUGCGGCUCGCUCGGGCCGGGGCCGGGGCUGGGGCUACGGGGGGGGGGGGCCGCGGCUUGUCCCCGGUAAGGGCUGUCCCCGCCGCAUGCCGCAGGGCCCCCCCGGGCUGCCCGCGCCCCCCCGGGGCCGGAGGCAGCGGCCGCGGGCGGAGCCGGGCUCGGAGCCGCCGCCAACUUCGUGCGCUGCCCGCGGGGCUCUGCAAGAAGGACCCGAACCUCUGCUUGGGCAACCCCUGCUGCCUCUCCUCCCCGGCGCAGCGAUGCCGGUCCUGGCACCCACCUGCAGCCCGGCUGCUCACCGCACCCUGGGGGCUGCCGGCACCCAUGGGAGCCGCUGACGGAGCCGCCGGAGCCAUGCCACCCACCCGUGCCCGCCUCGCCGCCUGACCGCCGCCGGGAUUCGGGCCGCGCGCUCUGCCCCAGCACGGCUUCGGCGAUGAGCGGGGGUCGUUUUUGCAUGGAGCGUCUCUCCUUCUGCCUCCUCCUGAGUGCCUGGAGCUGGGGCUGGGCGCCCGGGGGUGCCGCCAAGCCCAAAGGCCAGGGCUACCCGCACAUGAACUCCAUCCGCAUCGACGGGGACAUCACGCUCGGGGGGCUCUUCCCCGUGCACGGCCGGGGCGCGGAGGGCAAAGCCUGCGGGGAGCUGAAGAAGGAGAAGGGCAUCCACCGCCUGGAGGCCAUGCUCUUCGCCCUGGACCGCAUCAACAACGACCCCGACCUGCUCCCCAACAUCACCCUGGGCGCCCGCAUCCUGGACACGUGCUCGCGGGACACGCACGCCCUGGAGCAGUCGCUGACCUUCGUGCAAGCCCUGAUCGAGAAGGACAGCACCGAGGUGCGCUGCGUCAACGGCGGCCCCCCCAUCAUCACCAAGCCCGAGCGGGUGGUCGGCGUCAUCGGCGCCUCAGGCAGCUCCGUCUCCAUCAUGGUGGCCAACAUCCUGCGGCUCUUCAAGAUCCCCCAGAUCAGCUAUGCAUCAACCGCCCCGGACCUGAGUGACAACAGCCGCUACGACUUCUUCUCCCGCGUCGUCCCGUCCGACACCUACCAGGCCCAAGCCAUGGUGGACAUCGUCAAAGCCCUCAAGUGGAACUACGUCUCCACCUUGGCCUCCGAGGGCAGCUACGGGGAGAGUGGCGUGGAGGCCUUCAUCCAGAAGUCCAGGGAGGACGGGGGGGUGUGCGUGGCUCAAUCCGUCAAGAUCCCCCGGGAGCCCAAGCCGGGAGAGUUCGACAAGAUCAUCCGCCGCCUCCUGGAGACCUCCCACGCGAGGGCCGUCAUCAUCUUCGCUAACGAAGACGACAUCAGGAGGGUGCUGGAGGCAGCCAAAAGGGCGAACCAGACAGGACAUUUCAUCUGGAUGGGCUCGGACAGCUGGGGCUCCAAAAUCGCCCCGGUGCUGCACCUGGAGGAGGUGGCCGAGGGCUCCGUCACCAUCCUGCCCAAGCGGGUCUCUGUCAAAGGUUUCGACCGCUACUUCUCCAGCAGGACGCUGGACAACAACCGCCGAAACAUCUGGUUUGCUGAGUUUUGGGAGGAAAACUUCCACUGCAAGCUGAGCCGGCACGCGCUGAAGAAGGGCAGCAGCAUCAAGAAGUGCACCAACAGGGAGCGGAUCGGCCAGGACUCCUCGUACGAGCAGGAGGGCAAGGUGCAGUUCGUCAUCGACGCCGUCUACGCCAUGGGGCACGCUCUGCACAACAUGCACAAGAACCUGUGUCCUGGCAAGGUGGGGCUGUGCCCCAGGAUGGACCCGGUGGACGGCGUGGAGCUGCUCAAGUACAUCCGCAACGUCAACUUCUCAGGCAUUGCUGGGACUCCGGUGACCUUCAAUGAGAAUGGAGACGCUCCGGGGCGUUACGACAUCUACCAGUACCAGAUCAGGAACUCCACUCCUGAGUACAAAGUCAUCGGGCAAUGGACCGACCACCUCCACCUGAAGGUGGAGAACAUGCUGUGGCCCGGGGGCGGGAGCCAGCUCCCCAGCUCCAUCUGCAGCCUGCCCUGCAAGCCAGGCGAGAGGAAGAAGCUGGUGAAGGGCAUCCCCUGCUGCUGGCACUGCGAGCGCUGCGACGGCUACCAGUACCAGCUGGAUGAGUUCCACUGCAAGAGGUGCCACUUCAACGAGCGCCCCAACGAGAACCACACUAGCUGCACGCCCAUCCCCAUCAUCAAGCUGGAGUGGAGCUCGCCCUGGGCCGUGGUGCCCGUCUUCAUCGCCAUCGUGGGCAUCAUCGCCACCCUCUUCGUGGUGGUCACCUUCGUGCGCUACAACGAUACGCCCAUCGUCAAGGCGUCGGGGCGGGAGCUCAGCUACGUCCUGUUGACGGGCAUCUUCCUCUGCUAUGCCACCACCUUCCUCAUGAUCGCCGAGCCCGACCUGAGCACCUGCUCCUUGCGCCGCAUCUUCCUCGGGCUCGGCAUGAGCAUCAGCUACGCCGCCCUGCUCACCAAGACCAACCGCAUCUACCGCAUCUUCGAGCAGGGCAAGAAGUCGGUGAGUGCUCCCCGGUUCAUCAGCCCCGCUUCCCAGCUGGUCAUCACCUUCAGCCUCAUCUCGCUGCAGCUCGUGGGUGUCUGCAUCUGGUUCAUCGUGGACCCGUCCCACUCUGUCAUUGACUACGAGGACCAGCGGACUACAAACCCCCACUUUGCUCGGGGCAUCCUCAAAUGUGACAUUUCGGACCUCUCCCUCAUCUGUUUGCUUGGGUACAGCAUGCUUCUCAUGGUCACCUGCACUGUGUAUGCUAUUAAGACCCGCGGGGUCCCGGAGACCUUUAACGAAGCCAAACCCAUUGGGUUCACCAUGUACACUACUUGCAUUGUGUGGUUAGCCUUCAUCCCUAUAUUUUUUGGGACGUCGCAGUCGGCAGAAAAGAUGUACAUCCAGACCACGACGCUCACCAUCUCGGUGAGUCUGAGUGCCUCCGUGUCCCUGGGCAUGCUCUACAUGCCCAAGGUGUACAUCAUCCUCUUCCACCCGGAGCAGAACGUCCCCAAGCGCAAGCGGAGCCUGAAGGCGGUGGUCACGGCGGCCACCAUGUCCAACAAGUUCUCCCAGAAGGGAGGCUUCCGCCCCAACGGGGAGGCCAAAUCAGAGCUGUGCGAAAAUCUGGAAACACAAGCGCUGGCUACCAAACAGACCUACGUCAGCUACAGCAACCACGCGAUUUAACUCCAGGGAUCGCAACCGCCUGGCAUGGAGGGAGGCUGCGGCUGCCGCGGAGCGGGAGGGAGCUGAGCUGCAUCCCUCGUGGCACCGCGCUGCAGGGGACUGGGAUGGGACAGGGAGGUGGCAGCGGGGUCCUGCUCCUGAACGGGCUGGGGGCAGAGCUCCUGGGGAUGAUGAUGUUCAACAGCAGCAAAAAAAAAAACAAUCAAACAACAACAAAUAAAUAAUCAAAAGAAAUCACCGACCACCGUGACGAUGCAUGCCUCCCCACGGAGGAAGAGGAACAGUUGAGCAGGGGGGGGUGAAAUGUGGGGAAGAGCUGAUGGACUGCAGCAAGGCUUUGUUUAUUUUUUCUGUAUCUUGGCAAAAAAAAAAAAAAGAAAAAACAAGAAAACAAAAAACGACCCAACAUUUUCCCUUUUCUGGAAUUUGUGAGAUUGUUUGUGGUUGUGCAGCACCUUCUGGUUUCUUUCUUUUUUAAAAAAAAAAAAUUAUCCCUCAUUUUCUUUUGUUCCUGUAUUCCUCUGUCACUCUUCACUCUCCCUUAUCCUACCAAAUUCUAUAUGUUGCAAAAAGGAAAAAUAAAUAAAAAAUACGUAAAAUUUAAAUAAAAAAGAGACAACGAAAUAAAAUAAAAUAAAACCUAGACUGUGUUCAAAGUGCUGAUUUCUAUAGGUGGUUAAUUAAUGUACGUGAUGAUCAUAUGGAUUGAAAUAUGUCUGCUUUAUGUACUGACCAGUCAAAAAAAAAAAAAAAAAAAAAGAAAAAAUACAAAGUUCAGUGCCUGGAUGUUUAUGAAUUAUUCGAUGACUGUGUAGAGCAUGAUCAUUUUUAUACGAGGAGAUUUCUAAUAAAAGACCAUGGUUUUGCACUCGG